UCGCGUGCCCAUCGCUAUCACCCGGGAACAGCUGUUUGUACCGUUGCAUGUUUUUCUUGUACUUUUUUGUUAUUUAACGCUGGACUUCACAUGAGUUUCUUAAGGAAAGGCGGCCGGUUUUUGAUUGCCGGCAUUCUGCCGGGCAUUGACCGCAGCGCUAACGAUGUUGUCGACAAAGAGAGCAAAACAUACAAAUCAUUCUUAGCUCAUAGAAGAGACGAUGAAACUGGCAUGGAGCGACUUAAGCAAAUGUUUACCGUGGAUGAAUUCGGCAGCAUAUCCUCAGAGCUCAACUCGAUAUACCAGGUGGGCUUCUUCGGCUUCCUCGUUGGAGCUAUCUAUGGCGGUGUUACACAAUCACGAGUGAGCUACAUGAACUUCAUGGAGAACAAUCAAGCGACGGCGUUCAAAUCGCACUUCGAUGCCAAGAAAAAGCUGCAGGAUCAAUUUACGGUGAAUUUCGCAAAAGGCGGCUUCAAAUGGGGCUGGCGCGUCGGCCUGUUUACCACCUCCUACUUCGGCAUCAUAACCGGUAUAUCCGUUUACCGGGGCAAGUCGUCAAUUUACGAGUACCUAGCAGCGGGCUCCAUAACUGGCGCACUCUAUAAACUCAACUUGGGCCUGCGUGGCAUGGCAGCUGGAGGCAUCAUUGGUGGCUUCAUGGGCGGCGUUGCCGGUGUGGCAUCGCUGCUGCUAAUGAAGGCCUCGGGCACCACCAUGGAAGAAGUGCGUUACUGGCAGUACAAAUGGCGGGUGCAGCGCGACGAUGACAUCCAUCAAGCCUUAAAGAACGAAGCCGAAAAGGAUGCGCCCGAGCUGUUCACCGCGCACGAUAAGCGUGUGGGCGAGACUGUGACAUUGGAGGCGGUCAAGUGAAGCAGCUCAAUGUAACUUUAGAUAUUUUUUAUUUAAAUAAUAAAUUGCAAUAAUGUCCUCGAAA